GCAACUGUCAAAUUUGACUUGAGACCGUCUAAGAUUUUUGAAAAUUUUGUCGAAAUUACAUAUAUUAAGUACUUCUCUGUUAAUUUUGACGCUGUUCAACAUGGUUACUUUUGCUCCUGAUGAAAUUGGCUUACAAGAUAAAUCGCCCUGUGCUGGUAUUAGGGCCGAUUUGAAGAUGUGUUUAUUGGAGAGCGCUUGUUGCAGAAAGGACAAAAAGACCCCACGAGAAUGUUUGAAAGAUCAUUUGGUUCCAGAUGAAUGUAUUCAACUCAGACAAAGUUUUUUUGAGUGUAAACGAUCAUUGCUCGACACAAGAAGAAGAUUCCGAGGUCACAAAGGAUACUGAAAUAAUUUAAAAGGUAUUAGACUAGAUUAUGAUUUAAUUUUAAAUAAUACAAAUUCUGUAUGUAAAAUACUUAUUUUUUAAUUAAAGUUGAUUGUU